AUGUCUGAACGAUCAGCUUCGCCUGAUCAGCCCGACCAAUCCGACCAGUUUGACCAGGAUAUUCUGUCUGACUUGUCCAUUCCACCAUUUUCACUACCUUUCCCUCAAUGGCUGCAGACGCCCAGCCCUCGAAUAGCUCAUUAUGAACGGCAGAAACGAAAAAGAGUUGAUUUGACUGAUACAGAAGGGGACGGAGGAACAACGACUGACGCUGCAUCAGUGACGUACGUCAGGUCUGAUAGCGAAGCUCCUACCCUCACACCCAACGAAGCUCACCAAUACCGAGUUGCCGGUCUUUCAGUCGAUGAGCAGUUACCAAAGGGCAAAAAAUAUCCCCAUGGACCUGCUGCGGUAUCAUCUGGUGAAGAUAAGGACCCUGAGCUGCGUUUGAAAGAUUUGUCACCGUGGUCAACUCCCGUCUAUUACCCUCAGAACUCUCUAAGUAAUAGAGACGACCUCCAUCUACAGCAUUUGGUUGCACUGAACACAGUUCUUCACACCUGCCUGCUAGAUGGGGACUUCGCUCGGGCUGGACGAGCUUGGGGCCUCCUACUGCGAGAAGAAUUUCAAGGAUUACCUUUGGAUUUGCACAGCGAUUGCCGAUGGGGAAUUGGAGCGGAGAUCCUGCUGCGACGAGGACUCGAGGGUGAUAUCCCAUUCAACAAAUUAAAUGUGGAUGGUCACAUGUCUUUACCAUUCACCAGAAAGGGGGUCGAGGAAGCAAAAGAUUAUUACGAUAGACUGAUUCUGCACCAUCCCUACUUACGAUUGACCCCGAGCCCCGUCUCUGCUCUCACUCUCUAUCCCGUCAUGUUCGGGCUGUGGAUUUAUACCGCUCAAGAGGAAAGCAAGGUUGCAAGAUACAACAUCGAGAAUUGGGAAAAUUCCUCUGAAGAAGAUUUUGAUGAGGAAGAUCUUGACUCUGAAACUCGGGAGCUGGAUAAAAAGCAGGCUCUUAUCGCCUCCGUUCGAUCUCAGGAACUGCAACAAGCACAGAAGAUAGCAAUACGUAUGGACUCUAUCGUUAGAUCGCCCCCAUACUCAGAUUCGCCAGAAAUACUUCAAUUGCGGGGCAUGGUAUCGUUAUGGAUUGGUGAUCUGCUGAUUUCUUCUUCGGAUAUGCCUCUCGCCUCUGAAGGCAACAUGAACGAAAUGCAUAUGAAUUCUCCAAACAGCCCAUAUGGAACAUCGGAUGUGCAAAGGCUUGCAAUGGACAGAAGACGAUUGGAAGUGGACAAGUCGAAGCAAUUCUUUCAGCAGGCCAAUGAACAUAGGAAGGGAGUCGCACAAACUCUGAAAAACCUUCAUUUUGGGGGAGAAUCAUCACCCACAUGGAUUGAUCUGGAGGAAUCUUCUUGA